UCAAAGAGCCUCAUCAUCAUUUUCAUUUCUCUGACUGUGCAACACACAAAAACAAAAGAAGGACGAUGAUGCCCGGUGAGGUAGAGCAGUCGCGCAGAAAUAUGAGGAGUGUUGUAUCUCCACCGUGUGAGCUAAUGUCUUUACCAGACGAAAUGGUUCUAAACUGCUUGGCCCGCGUGUCGAGAUCCGACCUAGGUGCCUUAUCUCUGGUCUCAAAGAGCAUCCGCUCACUGGUGUCUUCCCCUGAGAUGUACGAGACCCGAUCUCGAAUGGGUACGAGGGAGGAGUGCAUCUACGUAAGCUUGGAAGCUACUUGCAACAGUGAUCCGGCGGCCUGGUUCAUACUCAGGCGAGGAAAGGGAACAACGAAGAAGAGUCGGCUGGUCCCGAUCACGAACCCUCCGUCCCCAACUCCGACCGGAGCCACCUUUGUCUCCCUGGGAUGGGGGAUCUAUGUGAUGGGAGGGAGGAUAAGUGCCGUGGAAACAUCUCGCGUCUGGUUCUUGGAUUGUCGGAGUCACACGUGGAGCGAGCUGCCCUCGAUGAGGGUUGCUCGGUAUGAAGCCAAGGCAGGGGUCUUGGACGGUAAGAUAUACGUCAUGGGAGGCUGCGUAGACGAGGAUCCAGAGGUUUUCGACCCAAACACUCGAACUUGGAGUAGAGUGGUUAUCCCUGAGCCGGUGAUAUUGAGCAAGGAGGUUACUGAGGUGAUUGGUCCGGAUAGUUACUCGUACGAGUUUCGGAGUGAAGAAGGUAUGUGGAACGAUUUCUUUUUAGAAGAUGAUUGUUGUGCGACGAUGAUAGACAGAUUGUUAUUCAGUCUUGAUAUUUGCGGGAAGAUCAUGUGGUGUGACCCUUGGAGUGGGGUGAAGAAAGGGAAGAUGGAGUGGUACAAGGUGAAGGGUUUGGAAGAUCUUCAAGGCUUCCUCAAGUUUGAUUUCAGGAACGGGAUUGCCAUCUAUUUACUUGGAGCGAACUCGGAUGUGUGGCAUUGCUAUAUGCUCAACCGUGGUUACAAACACGGCCUCCUUGGCGUAGUUCCGGGUUUCAAACUCAGCAAAUUUGGUGGCAACAUCGUCAUCUUCUGGGGGGUGGUCGUCGGACCCAAGAGGAUGCAGGUUUGGUGUGCUGAGGUUUCGCCGGAGAUGCGCCAGGAUGGACAAGUUUGGGGGAUCAUCCAGGGCAUUGAUCAUGUCUUCACUGUUGACCCUGACCAAUAUGUUUUAUCUUCUAUUAAUGUUUGUAUUUAAGACUUUAUUUAUACUCUUUGUUUAUGUUGUCAAGUUGUGUUUCUUCUACUUUGAUGGUCUUGUUUGGGUUCUAAACUAUUGAUUAAUAUUAGACAUGUUCUUUACGUUGAA